UGGCUGAAAUGCAAACUGAAAUCACGGAAUUUCACUGAAUUUCAGUGAUUUCAGUUGGUGCUGAAAUUUUGUUGAAACUGAAAUUGAAAACCAUGCUCCCAGCUGGCAGCACCAGUUGGCUACCUAGUCCAUAGUUAGUACUAACCUUUUUGGUUUGGCCUGAUCGACCGAUGGAUCGGGCUGCUCCCCCCUGCUGCACAGGCGCCGCGGUGCUGAUACUUCUGAUCUUCCUGCCGUUGAGCGCAUCCGACGACCGGCUUGUUCCCGGCGAGCCACUCUCUCCUGGCUCCACAAUCGUCUCCGAUGGUGGUGCUUUUGCCUUGGGCUUCUUCGCCCCCUCCAACUCCACUCCGGCCAAGCUAUACUUUGGCACAUGGUACAACAACAUUCCUGGUCUCACCAGGUGGGUCGCCAACCGAGAAACUCCGGCCAUCAACACCGCACCCUCAGCACCCCCGACCUUCUCCCUCAACAACACCUCCAAUCUCGUCCUAUCCGACGGUGACGAUGGCAGCCAUGUCGUUUGGGCAACAGCCAACGUGGGAGCCGCUGCCUCAGGCUCGUCUCCCCCGACGGCAGUGCUUCUGAACACCGGCAACCUUGUGGUCCGGUCGUCAAACGGCACCGUUCUAUGGCAGAGCUUCGACCACCAAACCGACACAUUCCUUCCUGGGAUGAAGCUCGGGAUAAAGUACAACACGCAUGGCGGCAGGGACGAACGCCUGGUCUGGAAGGGCCCCGACGACCCCUCGCCGGGGCGCUUCUCCUACGGCGCUGACCCGGUCACGUUCCUCCAACUAUUCCUCUGGGAUGGGGAGCAGCCAGUGGCCCGCAGUGCCCCGUGGACGGGGUACUCGGUUAGUGGCGACUACCUGACGGGGAACAUUAGCACGGAGCUCGUCAUCUACCAGGCUGUCGUCGACAACGACGACGAGAUCUACGUCACCUACAGCCUCUCCGACGGCGCCCCUAACACCAGGUAUGUGCUCACCCACUCCGGUGAGUUCCAAAUCCAGAGCUGGAGCCGCAACACAUCGGCGUGGGUAGUCCUUGGGAAGUGGCCGUCCCAUGAAUGCAACCGGUAUGGCUACUGCGGCACCUAUGGCAAUGAUAUAAAUACAUUCGAUGAGUGCACGGCGGAGUGCAGCCGCAACUGCUCCUGCAUGGCAUGUGCCUAUGCCAACUUAAGCAGCGGAAGGACCGGAAGAGGCAGGACGAUGUGCUUGGUGUGGGCUGGAGAGUUGGUCGACACGGGGAAGAUUGGCACGGUGCUUGGUAGCGACACACUUUAUCUCCGUCUUGCGGGCCUUGAUGCUGCAGCUGGUAAAAACAAAAGAUGGAGAAAGCACAUGAGUACUAUGUUGGAUGAUAUGAGUACCACCGAUCAACAUGGGGAAGAAAACCCUACCCAUGAUCAUGCAUUUCCAUCUUUUAGAUUCGAACAAAUUUCCCUCGCAACAUGCAGUUUCUCCGAAACAUGCAUGAUCGGACGAGGAGGGUUUGGCAAAGUUUAUAAGGGAAUAUUAGGUGGUCAAGCAGUUGCCGUGAAGAGGCUAAGUAAGGAUUCUCAACAAGGAACAAAGGAAUUCAAGAAUGAAGUAAUUCUAAUAGCCAAAUUACAACAUAGAAACUUGGUUCGUCUUCUUGGAUGUUGUGCAGAGGGAGGAGAAAAGCUACUGAUUUAUGAGUAUCUACCUAACAAGAGCUUAGAUGCCACAAUUUUUGAUGAUUCAAGAAAAUUGUUGUUGGAUUGGACACUACGGUUUAAUAUAAUAAAAGGAGUCUCUAAGGGACUUCUCUACCUCCACCAAGAUUCAAGACUGACGAUAAUUCAUAGAGAUCUCAAAGCUAGAAAUGUUUUGCUAGAUGCAGAGAUGAAGCCUAAGAUAGCAGACUUUGGUAUGGCUAGGAUCUUUGUUGAUAACCAACAAAGUGCAAAUACCCAGCGUGUUGUCAGAACAUAUGGAUACAUGGCUCCUGAGUAUGCAAUGGAAGGCGUCUUCUCUACGAAAUCCGAUGUCUACAGCUUUGGCGUGCUACUACUAGAGGUUGUGACUGGUAUAAGGAGAAGCUCAAAUAGUCAAACUAUGGGCUUCCCAAGCCUCACGGUCUAUUCAUGGAAUAUGUGGAACGAAGGGAAGACUGGGGAUUUGCCGGACUCGUCUAUUAUGGGUAAUUCUUCACCAGAUGAAGUUUUGCUUUGCAUUCAUGUACCACUCUUAUGUGUCCAGGAGAACCUAGAUGACAGACCACAUAUGUCAUCUAUUGUGUUCGUCCUAGAGAAUGGAAGCACUUCACUUCCAACCCCCAAUUGCCCCGCCUACUUUGCGCGACAAGGUGCUCAGAUGGAGCAAAUCAGAAAUGAUAUUCAGACUUCGACAAAUAGUUGUACACUUAGCGAAAUAGAUGGGCGAUGAAAUAAGGCAUUUUUAGCUUUACAUAUGUCAAAAUGCUCUCAAAAGAAAACUUUGUAUGUAUCACACUCUAUGUACCAUUUAAAAGAAAAAAAAAUGCAAACUACCGAAAGAUGUGUGGCUCAAUAUAAUCCUCACACAUCAUGUGUUGUUUAGAAGUCAUCAUCUUUGAACGCAUUCUCUAUUCUGGUUUUUGGAAGGGAUCCAAGUGGGACGGGCUGGCGGACAAUAGUGUAGUCCAAAUGUAUUUUUAGAUCUAGAAAAUUGAUGAGCAAAUUAUGAACUAACCGAUGAGUUCCACGGGAAGAAGCAGGAUGCCGCUUGCACCCCUAGUUUUUUGCGUAGACUGUUGUAUUGAACGUAGAAACAAUAUAUCAAAAAGUGAGAAAUAUAUCGUUGGCCCCUCAAGUUCUUGAAUAGUUUACACACAAAAUAAUACCACCAAAAUAAUUUACUUAGGCCCGUUAAAACGAUUGUAUGAGUAUUUUUAUAAGUACAUAAAAUGGACCAGGUAUUGGCAAAAACAUGUAAGCCUACAAAAAAGAAAAAUAAGCAAGCAAAAAUAAAA